AUGCCAUUAACCAAUCGUCCUCAAUCUGACGAUGACGUUCCUCCUCCUCCUUCAUAUGAUGAUGCAAUUAAGGACACAUUAGUAGAAGAGACAUCUUCAUCUAUAGAUCAUGGACCCCCACUUCCUCAACGAAGACAAACUCAACGUCGUCCACCACCAUCAUUAUCACCUUCUCCACCUCCAUUACAUCCAAGUUUAUCACCCGUGACUCAUUUGAAUGUACCAUAUGAUAGACCACCAGAACGUCGAACAACUUCUUCUACGUCGGCCAUUUCAUCAUCAUCAUCAAGAAGAUCAAAUGAAUCUCAAUUUAAAUCUUCAGAUCUUUACACAAAUAAUACAAACUUGCCAUUUAGUUACACACGAGGUUAUUAUUGUAAAAAAUGUAAAAAUUCAGGUUAUAAAUCACCAAAACAAAUAUGCCGAGCAUGUUGGGACAGGUUUUAUUUAAAGGAUCAUGCAUAUAAUCCAAAUCAAAAAAACCUUCCAUUUAGUUAUCCUAAACGAUUUUAUUGCUCAAAAUGUGGUAAUACUGGUUAUAAAUUUAAAAAUGGGUUAACGUGUCAAAAUUGUUGGAGUCAAUUUGGUCCAAGAAAUAAUUCUUCAUAUGUAAAUUCAGCAUAUCAACCUUCAUUUUUCGGUUCAACGACUUAUAUUUCUGCUCCUGGUGGUGGGUUUAAUAAUGGAGUACCCGCUAGAAGGGUCCCACCUGGUUCUCCUGAAUUAGGUGGAUUAUUAUGUGGUAAUUGUAGAGGUGAAGGUAUGAUUCAUAUUUUAUUUGAUACUGAUUUAUGUCCCGUUUGUGGUGGUUUAGGUAGAGUAUUUCCUCGUGGUACCGUUGGUACUUCUUCUGCUCCCCCUCCACCACAACCACCUCGUCCUCCACAGAUGAAUUAUGGCUAUCCUCCUCCUCAACCUGGUCCUCCUCCUCAAGGUCCACCACCUCUGCAACAAUGGGGCGGUUAUCAAUAUGAUUAUAAUUAUGGCGCAAAAAAUUAA